AUGGCUCCCAAGAACUUACACAAUUUGAAAAAGCGAAAGCGAUCAGCUCCGCCUGCGAGCCGCGAAGACGAAAAUUAUAACGAUGAGGAACAAAUCAGAGUGGGAUCUAAUUACCAGGCUGCCAUCCCAGAGCUUUUGUCACGCCCAGAAAACAAACAUAAACAGCGUCCAAAAUCACUUAAACUUUGGUUUCCACCUAAAAAAAUCUCAGAAAUCCAAUUAAAUGAUUACAUAUUGCUUUCAAAAAAUAAAUAUCAUUAUGACACUGAACAGUGUUUGGGCUUGCUGUACUGGAAUAAAUACAACUUGGAAAAGUCUAUUCGUGAUCUAUCAAAUUUUUCACCCCAUCCAAACUGGUCGAUUCUAGAUAAGUCUAAUUUUGAUUUUGCCUUUAACAAGUUUGGGAAGGAUUUUGUACAGAUUAAUAAAAUGCUUCCUGAUAAAUCAUUAAAAUCAAUAAUAUGUUAUUAUUAUUUGUGGAAGAAAAAGAAAACUAAGGGGUUGAGUAUUAAACCAGUUAAUAAAUUAGAACAUGUGUAUGCAAACAGGAUUCAGAAUGGACAUAGUGAUAAAUCUAGUUCAGCAAAAUCUGAGCCUGAUAACAUGCCUUUCACCACUACAAGACAAGUAUGUUAA